CUGCCGCUUGAUAUACAACAUUCCAUAGAGCUUACCAGUUAUUAGUGUAGUUGCCCUCGAUUGCUCUCUUCCAUAUAGAAGGAUUUUCUGAAUCAUGAAGCGUCAUCGUGCUGUGCAUGGGUCUUCACCACCAUCCACCCCCAUAGAAGAGAGAGACCCCCCCAAACUUUCCAGCCUUAAUGCGCCUGUAUCUCCUCCUAGGAAAAGGUCCACAGCAAUGACUACACAACCUAGCACUGUGUCAUCUGAUAAAAGUACUCCAAAGGAGCAAAAAGAGACGCCAUCCAAUCCAGAAAACCACAAUCUAGCCGCCAUCGAAGCAGGCCAGGUCAAAGUCACAGAUCACCUAUCCAUCUUCUCUUCACGACUCAGUCAAUCUACUCGCACUAAGAUACAUCAGACACCUCGACUACAGAUCGCAGACUGGGCUUCUCUGUAUCAACGCAACCAGCAUCCAGAAGGAAGACACUUCGUCAUCCACCAGCAUGAUCACCCCAUCGCCGGACCGCACUAUGACCUCCGGCUCCAGUUCUCAGACUCCAGCUCUGUCAGCUGGUCCAUCAUGUACGGAUUACCGGGUAAUCCUAACAGCCGACGGCUGAACCGGAAUGCGACAGAAACUAGAGUACAUUGUUUGUGGAACCACCUCAUCGAAACAGCUUCCGCCAAAACAGGAAGCAUGAUCAUCUGGGAUACAGGCCAAUAUGAAAUCCUCCCCUACCAGGGCCCCCAACCUCAGCCAGAAACAGAUGACUCCCGGUCCGACGUCUCAUCAGACACCUCAAUCUCCACCGUAGGCUCCAAAACAGACAGCGAGAAGCUCCGUCACGCAUUCCAGAACCGCAAGAUCCGUCUCCGUCUCCACGGGACAAAACUGCCCCGAAACUAUACUAUCGUUCUCCGUCUCGACAAAACCUCGGGUUUCAAGAGGACCUCCGCCACGCCCCGGAGCCAGCGUCGUCGAACCAUCCCAGCAGCCCAAAGAGGCCUUAGCACCUCAUCGGAUGAUUCUACGUCUCCCGCUAAAGAUCGUCCGAUGGGGGCGUUGGUUCAUGACACUUUGGAUCAAUCGCAAGCAUCUGAAGAUCCUACGGGGAAGCACUCGGGUUCUGGGGAUGAUGUCGAUGAGCAGAUCCGUAUUAAUAAUGCCUAUCCGGGUGCUACUAAUUCGAUUAGGUCGGUCCACCAGCGGCGGUGGUUUGUUACGCUUGACCGGGUUAAUUCGGGGUUUGUGGCGGAGACUGGGUCGGGGCCGGCAGGGAAAAGGUGGGUGAGGCAAUUGGAUCCAGAGACUGGACGAUUGUUGGGUUUUGAGCCAUUCUAUGUUUGGGGUCCUGAUGUUGAGAGAAGUGUUGUUACUGGGAGGUUGGGGAGAGAUGUUUUGGAGGAUGAGGGCGUGGAAGGGUUUGUACCUAGAAAGGGUUGGAGGGCUGUUUUGGAGUGAUGCUUGGAGUUUGGUUGCGGACAAGAAGCUGCCUCUCAUGUAGGGUGAUUAUUUGACGAUUCAAUCUGUCUAUAUG